AUGACCACUUUUGAGCGGCUCUUCGGAGCGGAGCCGGCGGCCCGCCAAGGAGCGCAGUCCCCAAGCCGAGACCGGCCUCCGUCGAUUCUCCCGAUCGGCGAGACCUCGGUAAGGCGCCCCGGGCGCAAGAGCUGGCCCCAGGCCGCGGCGGCCAAGGGUCUGGACACUGGCCUUUCCAACGAGGAUUCCUCCGACAAGCUGCUGGGCCCUCGCAAGAAGAGGAUCCAGGAGCCCGGCUUCAGCCCGAACGUGGGCGGCGCGCUGUCACCCCGGAGCCAGGGCUGGUCAGGAAGCCCAAGAAGUCCGAGCCCAAGGACUCCGUUCGGCGACGUCCCGGACACCCCGGAGAAGGAGUGGCGGCCAUUGCGCAGAAGGCGUCCUUCCAACGAGAACGCCACCGUCGCCUUGCCACCUUGGGUUCUGCCAGGCAAUGCGGUGUCGCCCCGCUCUGCGUCGCCCCGUUCGCCCCGCUCUCCUCGGCUAUCGUCCCCUGCAUCACCGGCCUCACUGUGGGUGCCGGAGAAGGAUCGGCGGGUCACAACUUGGAGGAAUGGCUAUGACGUUGACACCUACAGGUACAUCAAGGUCUUCCCCGACUCCAUCCAGUACAAGAGCUGUUUGGCACUGCAGCCGACACGCAGCCCUUCACCCAGCGAUGUGGAGAAGGCCGAGCACGACGGCAUUUGGGGGCCCGACGGCCUGUUGAGGGGCGCCUGCCGCCGACGCAUCUCGCCAAAUGCCAGGGGAACGAUGAGCUCCAUUGCGUUCACACCCCCACCAUCGCCAGCAACGGAUGUGGGAAGUCCGACGAUGUCGCCGACGGUGGCUGCAGACAAGUUGCAGGGCCUGCAGACGCUGGGAGGCCACCAGGGCCCAUUUCCAGUCCUUGGGGGAGUUCCUCGCAAACGGAUGCAGCGAGCAGCUGACAGUCCUUCCAAUGCGGUUGAGGAGGCCUCCCCUGACACCGCCGGGAUGAGAUCUCCACGCUUCUCUUGGUCUUCCGGCAUGGUACCAGAUCGCCAGGCUGUGCAGCCACCGGUGACUACCGAUGACCUGCCCCGCCGCAUGGCUGUAGACGCUGUGUCUCCGCGCAGUGCUGCCGGCGCCCUUGACCUAUAG